AUCUUGUAGAGAAACUUAUUAAUGAUAAACUUUCUUAAACACACACACACACACACACACACACACAAUAACAAAACAGAACAAGGGAGGGAUAGGAGAUCCAGGCUCCUGGCUGUGGGAGGGAGGAGUGAAUUGCAGCAGUUAGAGUUGGUGGGGGGAGGUAGGGAGAGAGGGAGGCUUUGGCACAUCUGCGGGCAACAGGAACUGGGCCUGGGUGGUGGGAUAGGGUGUGUGGCACCCAUAUGCCUCUUGCCUCUGUGUCCACAGGCCGGGGAGACCACGACUCACCUCCUAUCCAGUUGCCCCCGAGGUCCAAGGCCAUGUCGCUGGCAAUGCUGCGGGACUGGUGCAGGUGCAUGGGCGUGAACGCACAGCGCUCGCUGCUCCUCUUGGGCAUCCCGGAAGACUGCGAGGAGGAUGAAUUCCAAGAGGCCGUGCGGGCCUCCCUGUUGCCCCUGGGCAGGUAUCGCGUGCUGGGCAAGGUCUUCAGAAAGGAGGUGGGAACCAAGGUCGCCUUGGUCGAAUUUGCUGACUACUUAAACCGCAGCUUGAUCCCCCAACAGAUACCAGGCAGAGGGGGGCCCUGGAGGGUGAUCUGCCUGCCCCAGGUCCCUCAUGCUGAGUUAGAAGACACACGUGCUUUGCUUGUGCAGCCUCAGGGGCAAGACGCGGCCAGAGGGGCAAGUGAGGCAGGAAUCGCAGUUGAGGCAGAAGCUGCAGGUACGGUAGGAGCCCCAGGUGAGGCAGGAGCUGAAAAGGUGCCACGGGCCCCAGGUGAGGCAGGAGCCACCUGUGGGGCAAGAGCUGCAGGUAAGGCAGGAGCUGAGAAUGUGGCAGAAGCUGCAGGUGAAGCGGGGACCCUGGGUGAGGCAGGGACCCUGGGUGAGGUGAGAGGUGCAGGUGAGGCGGGGGCUGCAGGUGAGGUGGGGGCCCCAGGUGAGGCAGGGGCCUCAGGUGAGGCGAGAGGUGCAAGUGAGGUGGGGGCCCCACAUGAGGUGAGAGGUGCAGGUGAGGUGGGAGCCCCAUGUGAGGCGAGAGGUGCAGGUGAGGCGGGGGCCCCACGUGAGGCAAGAGGUGCAGGUGAGGUGGGGGCCCCAGGUGAGGCGGGGGCCCCAGGUGAGGCGGGGGCCCCAGGUGAGGUGGGGGCCGCAGGAGACGCAGGCUAUGAGGAUGUGGCAGGAGCGCUAGGUAUGGCAGCAGCCCUAGGUGAGGCAGGGGGCACAGACGAGGUGGAGGCCUGGGCCCAGCAGUGGAGACACGCCCUGCAACCCGUGCUGGAGAGCCUGGCCUACCAGGAACUGAGACCUUUUUCGGGGCGAGAAGAGCCAGGCCCUGGGGAAGAGCCCUUUGAGAGCUGGCUGGACCACACCUACGACAUGCUGUACCUGUGGCGCCACGUGUCGGAGAGGGAGAGGAGGAGGAGGCUGGUGGAGUGCCUGAGCGGCCCGGCCCUGGACCUCCUGUGUGGCCUCCUGGAAGAAGAGCCCAAUCUCCCAGCGCAGGACUGCCUGGUCGUGCUGGUGCAGGUGUUUGGGACCCAGGACACGUGUGUGACUGCACGGCUCAAGUUCCUCACCUGCGCCCAGGAGCCCGGGGAGAGCCUGUUUGCCUAUGUGAUUCGCCAGGAAGGCCUGCUGCAGACAGCCGUGGAGAAGGGGGCGGUGCACCCGGCCAUCGCAGACCAGGUGCGUGCGCGGCAGGUGCUGAUGCGAGCUCACCCCAGUCGCACGCUGUACAACAAGCUGAGGAGGAUGCGCAUGGAGGGGCAGCCUCCUGGCUUCAUGGCGCUGCUACGGCUCAUUCGGGAGACUGAGGCAUGGGAGGCUGCCCAUGCCAGGAGGGAGUCAUCCCAGGCAGAGGAAGGGGCCCAUGCAGGCGGUGGAGCCCCAGCUGUCAUCCAGGCCACCCCAGGCAAUGAAGAGUCCGCCGAGGAGGCAUCAGCCAGCGAAGAUGCCGCCCCAGCCAGUGAUGAGGCUGCCCAGGCGACCCUGGCCACCAAAGACGCCGCCCAGGCCGCCCCGGCCAGUGAAGAUGCUGGCCAGGCCGCCCCGGCCGAUGAAGAUGCUGGCCAGGCCACCCUGGCCAGUGAAGACGCCACCCAGGCCGCCCCGGCCACCGAAGACACAGCCCAGGCCGCCCCGGCCACCGAAGAUCCCGCCCUGGCCAGUGAAGAUGCCGCCCAGGCCGCCCUGGCCAGUGAAGAUCCCGCCCAGGCCAGUGAAGACGCCGCCCAGGCCACCCUGGCCACCGAAGACGCCACCCAGGCCGCCCUGGCCACCGAAGAUCCCGCCCAGGCCGCCCCAACCAGUGAAGAUGCCGACCAGGCCACCCUGGCCAGUGAAGACACCAGCCAGGCUGUCCCAGCCAGUGAAGACGCCGCCCAGGCCGUCUCGGCUAGCAAAGAUUCUGUCGAGGCCGUCCCGGCCAGUGAAGAUGCCGCCCUGGUCGUUCCAGUCAGCGAAGACACCAGCCAGGCCGUCCUGGCCGCUGAAGAGGCCAAUAAGGCUGUUCACAACACCGAGGAAGAUGAAAGCGUUCCUGCCCCAGCUCAGGGGGGCAGUGCUCCAGGGGCAGGCCCGGGAGGUCCGGGCAGUGGGCCUGAGGGCCUGGCCCAGGGAGUGGUAACCCUCACCCCAUGA